AUGCAUGCGACAACCGGUUCCGAUAGCGACGCCAUGGAGUUGGAAAAUACACGCACGGGAAUCGGCGUGGUGGCGACGCGGCCUAUGCCAGCAGGAGGUGUGGUCUGCCAAUAUUGGGGCCAGUACGUAUUGGACCCCCCACGUGGGGCGGCGUAUACGGUAGAUUUGCGCCAACGGGACACGAAAGGACACCGCGUGUACGUCAGCGCGGAAGAGUGCGGCUCGGUGGCGCGAAUCGUAGAGCGUUCUUGUAUCGCGAACACCCACAUCCAUGAGGUGCGGGGGAGGCGACGAGUGGUCGUGUCGCUGGUGGCGCAAUCCGAUAUUUCCCCUGGUACAGAGGUCACCGUCGAUUAUACCGGGCAAAUGAACAGCGCCCUCUGGUUUCAUUGCCAGAUCGCCUUGCACCAGAACGAAAGCCGAGACGCCUUGCGCGCGACCGCAAUGAAGAAGAAAGUCGAGCCAGCCGGAGACGAAGAGCGGGAACGACAAAGUAGGAGAACGUAG